UCAUAUCCUACUUAAUAUUCAUGAGCCACACCUUUAAAUACUGCAGAGUUUCCUUCAGUUUCUGAACUCUACACAUCUCUUCUUCAGUCUCCUCGACAUCCUUCAGAAAGUCAUCUUCUGAUUUACUGAGUCGCUGAAUCACAGAGUUUUUAAAGGCAAGCAUCAUCAUGGUGAACUGCUGUGGUCUCGUGUCUGAAAAAAACCAACCAGUUCCUCUGAAGAGUAUCUCGGUGGAGCUGCAGGUCCGGGAUCACGUGGCCUCCGUCAGCUCCUGUCUGCAGUAUGUGAACGAGGAGGAGCGUCCGCUGGAGGCCGUGUUCGUCUUCCCGCUGCCCGCCGACGCCGCGGUCUGUCACUUCAGCGCUAGGAUCGGAGAGCAGGAGAUUGUGGCCGAGGUGCAGGACAAACAGAGUGCGCGGGAUCAGUAUGAUGAUGCUGUGAGCUCGGGCCAGCAGGCGUUUCUGCUGGAAGAGAGCGAGGAGAGUUCAGAUGUGUUCAAACUGAGUGUGGGCUGUUUGUCUCCGGGUCAGAAGGCCUCCAUCACCAUCGUCUACAUCAUCGAGCUCAGUGUCCAGGCCGAUGACGCGCUGCGCUUCUGUCUGCCCGCUGUACUUAACCCACGAUACACACCUGCAGUUUCAGCGGCUGGUGUUCCAGAAGUUUCCUCAGCAUCAGUUAUUCCUUACACUCUGUCUCUGAGUGUUGAAGUGAGAUCUUCAGACCGUGUCUCCAGACUUGAGUCCAGCUGCCCUCUGGAUCCUCUGGAGUUCCUCGACGCGCAACACACUCACGCCAAGGUCAAUCUGAGUCCUGGUCACCGGUUCGAUAAGGAUGUGGAGCUGUUUCUGUAUUAUGAGAAUUCCCAUCAUCCCUCUGCUGUCGUGGAGGCAGGAGCGUCCGUUGCUGAGUCAGGUUCUCUGAUGGGCGACCCAGCGCUCAUGAUCAGUCUGUACCCAGAGUUCCCUGCAGAUGUGAUGUCAUCACUGGCGUCUCAGGGCGAGUUCAUUUUUGUAGUUGACAGGUCAGGCAGUAUGGACUGCAAGAUGCAUCAUGGGAAUGACGCACAGAUGCGCAUCGAAAGUGCAAGAGACACGCUGCUGCUGCUGCUGAAGAGUUUGCCCAUGGGAUGCUACUUCAACAUCUACGGAUUCGGAUCUCGCUUUGAGUCCUUCUUUCCUCAGAGUGUUGUGUACAGCGAGGACACGAUGGAAGAGGCUCUGAAGAGAGUGAAGAGCAUGAGCGCAGACAUGGGCGGCACAGAGAUCCUACAGCCGCUUAAACACAUCUACAGUCAGCCCUGUUACCCAGAUCACCCUCGACAGCUGUUCAUCUUCACUGAUGGAGAGGUGUGGAACACUAAGGAGGUGCUGGAUCUGGUGAAGAGUCACGUUUACUCUCACAGGUGUUUCUCCUUCGGGAUCGGUGAGGGUGCGAGUACGGCUCUCAUCACAGGAAUGGCCAGAGAAGGUUCUGGUCACGCUCAGUUCAUCACAGGCACUGACCGCAUGCAGCCCAAAGUGAUGCAGUCGCUCAGGUUUGCUCUCCAGCCGGCCGUGGAUAAUAUCUCUGUGGACUGGACCGUUCCCGAGGGUGUGACGGUGGACAUGCUGUCCCCAUCCAUCAAUACUCUGUUCCAGGGUCAGAGAGCGCUCAUCUACGCUCAGAUUAAAGGACAGAGUUCAGGACAGACUCAAGGAUCUGUAACUCUGAAAUACAGGCUGAAAGAUCAACCGGUGACUAACCAGCUUCAGUUUACUCUUAAACCAGCAGAGGACACAGGACUGACGAUCCACCGGCUGGCGGCCCGGUCUGUGAUCCGCUCUCUGGAGCUGCAGGAACGAGCCGGAGGAGCAGAAGUGGAGAACAUCAGGAGAAGGAUUGUGGAGCUCAGCGUUCAGGCCGGAGUGAGCAGUGCUCAUACAGCCUUCAUCGGCGUUAAUAAAGACAGCAAACAGACAGUGAAAGGACCGCUGCUGCAGAGGAGAGUGCCAGUAGCACGUAUGAUGCAUGCGUUUGGUGGUCCUGGUAUGAAUAAGUGCGUAGGAAUGGCUCCCAGAAUGAUGAGAUGUUCUGCAAGUCCUAAGAGAACAGCCGUCAUGGCUCCCCGUAAGGCAUUUAAUUCUCCAAUGCCAAGGGCUUCCCGGAAGGCAUUUGAUUCUCCAAUGUCAUGUGACAUACAAUCGAACAGCAUGGGGAUUGAAUGUGAUUCUGUCUCUGAUGAUUGUUAUGAGGCAGAAGCUGAGCCCCAGAAGGACCCUUUGCUCCUGCUGAUCUCUCUUCAGAAAGCUGCGGGAUGCUGGGAGCUCAACGCCUCAUUGGCUGCUGUGUUUGGGAAGACAGAGGACCAGGUGACCAAUCAGAAAGCAGUACAGGUGGAUGGGUCAGUGUGGGCCACCGUCCUCGCUCUCAUCUGGUUAUAUGCGUUUAAAUCAGAUCAGCAGGUGGAGUGGCAGUUUGUGGCCAUGAAGUCGGCAUCAUGGAUCCGCUCUCAGAAACCGAAUGGCCUGUCUCAGUGUGUGUGUGAUGGGAACGCUCUGUUGGGAUGUCAGGUGACUGAAGACAUGCUGGGAAUCUGAAGACUGCAAAUCCUGUGUUCUGAGAAGACAAAAAAUCUCCUAAACAGUUGUGUUGUUUCUGGUAUAAGAUAUGAACAGUUUUUUUUAAGCAGUGGUGUUUUAAGUGUAUGUAAGUUUCAGGACCUGUCCUAAAAUUUAUUUAUGUCUUGCUAUUUUUCAUAUUUUAUCCAUUACUUCAAAUUUAGUGUUUUAACCGCUUCUGCGCGAAUGCUAUUUUGGGUUAGGGUUAAGGUUAGGGCAUUUAGCUAGGGCAUUUUUCUUACCCAAAUUCAAAAGCUUCCCAUACCCACAUGCAGUGGUGUACAUACAAAAGUUUGCUGUCAUUUUACAGGAAAUCAUUUGAAAUUACAUAAAACACUGUUGAAAUUAAUAAAAUGUAUUUUAUAUGUUGUCGGUGUUAUAAUAAAUAAUCUUUUUUUCAGGA